ACAGCCGCACUCGUCGUUCCCCGUGGAUCCUGCCACCGAGCCGCUGCUUCCGAGUCCAGUCUUCCCCUAGGCACUCGGCAGGCCGGUACCUGUUUCUCGAAGCCGACACACGCGCUCCGUCGUUCUCGCGCGCGCACAUACACGAGCAUACACCCCUUGCGUACGUCACUCGCCCUCGUAUAUAGACACAUAUAUGCUCCUCUCACGGUUCAGCCACUCACCCUUGCGAAACGGCGUCGCGUACUCGCGUACGGACACGUGUGCCUAAGUGUGCGCACACGUACAAGUGAUACGUGCAUACAGAUACCCAUUUUUCCUCAAAUCCCACAUACACACGCACGCGCGCACACCAUACACACACACACACAGAUACACCACACGUACACUCGCUCGCACACGUACACGUACACACAUACACACAAGUCGCAUCAGCAGUCGCGUAAUCAACGCGAUACGUGCCGCGGUGUGUGCACGCGAGCUAGAAGGCAACGAAAGUCGGGGGAAAGAGCGCCGAAAACCGCGGGUUUAGGUGGUGCAUACGCACAUCAGCGUGGCUCACAUGUCGCCCGCCCACACUGUGUACGCGCGCACGCGAGACAUCAACGAGUCAUGCACCCUUAACGAGCGGUCGCCGUCAUCGUUGACCGUCGAUCACGCGUGCCGAUCCGCGUGGGUGCGGAUCCCUCGCGCAGCCUAAACGAUCGCCGUCGUCCGCCCGAUCGCCCGAAGGGCCCUUCGAUUCGCCGUGGAUACACCUUCGCGUGGAAAGAUCGGCCCGAUCACACGAACGGAGGGGGGGAUAACGAUUAUUGGGACACGCUCCGGGUCCCGGAGCGCCACUUGGAGGAGUAAACUUUCGAGACGCCGAGGUGUCUUCGGGCGAAGUAACCCCGUAGCGUCGAAACAGCGCGUCAACGAGAUCGUUUCAACGAGAGGACGAAACCAGAGCCUAAGAGAGAAGGAUCGCGAGGAUCAGCAACAAUCCACUUUGCCGUCAACGGGUCAUGCACCUCGGUCGAGAGGGUGACGACGAACUUGCGAGAGCGAGCUCGGUUCGACACGGCGACCUCGCUUGCCGUGGCCUGGAGACAAGUUCUGGACCUGUAGUAGCAGCCUAAAUAACCAGUGAUCUUCCUACGAAUAUAUAGACAGAGAGAGAGAUAUAUAUAUAUACAUUAAUACAUAUUGCACAUACUUGACCGUCGCACGCGCGUCUAUUUUUGUUGUCACCAUCGCGCGCCGCGCAAGAAAGCGGUUUGAAGAACGAAGAGAUAUCGAAGAGUUCCAAAAUAUCACUUGUUAACGAACACGAGAUCACCUGCACCGAGGAAGAGAGCGAGAGAGAGAGAGAGAGGGAGAGAAAAGUAAUAUUUCUAUACACAUAAGAAAAGAGCGUACAUAUCUUAACGACGUUGACGAUUCAUAGUAUAUUUUGGUCAUACGGAAAGCCGGAACGAAAAGUCAAUGGAGAGGAGCGGAGAGGAGAUGAAGAUAUAACCGACAAAACAAUCGUGACAGGCACAAUAAUAAACGACCUUAAAAACAGCAUCUAGCAUAAUUAUCGGUAGAUUAAACAAAAAUUCUAGUGCGAUAAGACUAUAGAGACGGGGUCCCGGUGGGUUCGUACCGUUAAAAUUUUGUAUGCCGGCGGUGUAUUAUCGACGAGGAAGCAUGUACGAGGGUGGCAUGGCUGGUGAACGACAGAUCUCCACGUUAAUCUCACACAGAGAACGACCGCUAUGCUCGGAUCGGAGUUUGCGAGCGGUCGCCAGAGUCGGCCAAGCGGUAAAUUUGGCGGUCGAGAGAUUCGUGACCGUUGGCGAAACCAUCGCAGACGACAAUCCGGAGAUCAAGCAAGACAUGUACGAGGCAUGCAAGGAGGCGAGAGUUGCGGGCUCAGCAAUCGAGAAAUUAUGCGAAUGUGCCUUGGAAGACAGCUUGGCUGACCGAGGCUCCGUCGUAAGAGCUGCGAGAUGUCUUCUAGGCUCAGUGACGAAAGUCCUCCUCCUGGCAGACAUCGUCGUGGUCAAUCAGUUGCUUCACGCCAAGGAUAAGGUCGCCCGCAGUCUUGGGCGCCUCGAAAGUGUCUCGAAUUUCACGGAAUUCGUCAAGGCGUUCAGCCAAUUUGGAGGGGAGAUGGUCGAGUUGGCGCAUUUAACGGGCGAUCGUCAGAACGAUCUCAAAGAUGAGAGGCGACGCGCGCAGAUGGCAGCGGCUCGACAAGUGCUAGAGAGGAGCACCAUGAUGCUGCUCACGUCCAGCAAGACAUGUCUAAGGCAUCCCGAAUGUCCAUCCGCUAAGGAGAACAGAGACACCGUUUUUUGCCAAAUGAGAAGAGCGAUGGACCUGAUACAUUACGUUGUCAAGGAUGGGGUGUUAGACUGCAGCGAAUCUCAGUCCUACUCGAAUUCACAGAGUCCGCAGCAGGAAGACUGGGAUAGCAGUACCGUUUGCUCAGCUUUGAAACACUUCGAAAGGCUCGUCGAGACAACGAGGAUGACCCUGCUGGGACCGGGCUGUCGCGAAACACUUACAUCGGCGCUCGAGACAGUGGUCGAAAGGACGCAAGACUUCACCGACAGCGCUUAUACGAGUCACGAACACAGGGAAAAUAUCCUCCUGCUUUGCGAUCGCGCGAAACUCGAGCUCAAUACACUCUUGCGGAUCGGCAAUAGUAUGAAUUACGAGGGCGGCGGAGGUUCACCCAGCUCGGAGAUGGAACAGGCGGUAAUGGGUGUGCUACGCGCGACCAGGGACCUUCGCCAGCAACUCAGCGCGACGACGAUGGAGCAGGCCGGCGAUCUUGGCCAAGUGACAAAAGCCGGCCAGGAACUCGUGUCAACGAUCAGAAAUCUCGCGUUGGCCAAUGACAUCGACCGUCUGCAGGAGAGCAGCGACAGGUUCCACGAGUAUAUCGAACACAUUCUCGAAGUAUGCAAACUUCUAAGACAUGUUGCGCUCUCGGAGUCGUUGCAAGUGUCGGCCAAGUUCACGGAGAUCAAUUUAAGAAUAUAUGGUCCUCAGGUCGUAACGGCCGCGCACACGCUAGCUAGGCAUCCCACCAGUAAGAUAGCCAAAGAAAAUCUUGAAGUAUUUGCUGACAUGUGGCAGUGGCUCAUGACUGACGUGACGACAGUAGCGAAAGAUGUUUUGGAACUCAGUCAAAACCGGCCAGAGAAGCAGGUUUACAUGUCUUUGCCGCGGCCAGGGAAACACGGCACGACGAGCAAGCCGCUAAAACCAGUGCGACUGGACAGCGAGGAGCAGGCGAAGAUCGCCAAGGCGGGUCUCGAGAUGAAGUUGAUCACUUCGGAGAUGGAUGCCGAGACGGAAAAGUGGCAGGAGAGCGGGAGCGCUCUGGAGGAGAACAACGACAUUGUGAAGCGGGCGAAGAACAUGUCGUCGAUGGCGUUCUCGAUGUACCAAUUCACGCGGGGCGAAGGCGCCCUGAAAACUACCCAGGAUCUGUUCACCCAAGCUGAGUAUUUCGCCGAGGAGGCAAACAGAUUGUACAAGGUUGUGAGACAAUUCAGUUACCAGGUACCGGGUGGACCGCACAAGAAAGAACUCUUGGAAAAUCUGGAUCGAGUGCCGACGUACGUUCAGCAGCUGCAAUUCACCGUCAAGAACCCUACCGUCGGCAAGGCCGCGACUUUUACGAAGGUCGACAAUGUCAUACAAGAAACGAAAAAUCUCAUGAAUGUGAUCUCGAAGGUGGUCACAACGUGUUUCGUCUGCGCCACAAAGGUGAGCCGUGAGAAUGUUCGACGUACCCGAUCGAUCUAUCUCCUAAAUGAAUCAAUAUGUGCUUUUGCGCCACUUUUUAUGACUGAGGUUGCCUGUAUUGGAUGAGCUCGUAUACGAUUCGAGUAGAUUUUUAUUCGUGAUAUCUUACUAUCUUUAAAACAACAAAAAGCAACCAAUUCUAUAUCUACAGGUAGCUUUAGCCGUCCGGGGCGAUUUAUAUAUAAAAUGAUAACAGAGAUAUAAUUCUGUAAAGUGACGUUGUGUAAAAAUUACAUACGAGAUAACACAGAUUAAGAAAUUGCCUUUGGAAUGUAUCAAACCUGUGCGAGUGUUUGUUGUAUCGGGACGCCGGUGGCCAUCGGCACGAAAUAAUAUUUCCACCGAGUCAAUGUAAUACGUUUUCAUGUCGAGCGCGUUUCAAGUAUUCGCACAGGUGUUCAGAGUCGAAGCCGCAGAGACACGCAUUCAGGCUAAAGAGAAAUCUAGCGUCUAUCUCCAUGCAUUCUAUAUUCACCACCCUAGCACAAU